CGCGCUUGGGGCGCAUGGUUACUGGUUAUUUGCAUUUCAUCCUGGUCUAGAUUCACUAUAGGUAGUGACAAAUACUAUCUGACUUUCCAUUCUCCAUAGUCGAAUUAAUUUAUAUAACUUCACUCUACUGACCACUGACCACGGCAUAAUCAUAUUCCCAUCGUUAGGACUCAGUCACCAGCGCAUCAAUAUCACAAGAUGGCAGCCGUUGUUCUCAUGGCAAUCGUUGUAUUGCCAGUGAUGGGCUACCAAAAAUAUCGGAAGCACAAAGCUCGCAAGGCCCUGAAGAAGGAGUUGGACGCGCAGCCCGAACCGCUCCAAGGGGGACAUCAAGCAGCAUGGGAACAGUCUGGAGAUCACCCGCCUUCAUAUGAUGAUACAGUCGGCUCUCAUCCAUCUCCGCCAUAUUCAUCGAAUAAACCCCCGGGGUAUGUCCAGCGGACUUCCGGCAAUCGCGGCCUGCCGGUUGGGCAUCUCCCUGGUUCAUAUUUAUCCCCGACUGCUGUAGCUUUAUAGCGGGAUAAUCUCUCGCAUGAGAAGGACGAAAUGGUCUUGGUUGGGGGAGUUAAUGAAUGAAUUAUGAUGCUGGCUAGUAAAUUAAGCUGGCACCCUGUUGUACGAUCAUCCAGCUGGGCAAAACCAAAACCACUUAAAUUUCCUUUGGACCUGCCUAGUCAAUGGCUUUUAUGAAAUUAGUAUUAUCUGGACAUAUAUCCAAUAAAAAUAACGCUUAUAUCUCUUCU